GGCCACGAUUCAAGACGGGAAAGUGUAAUUCGUUUGGACAGCUUGCUUAACUGCGCUUUCUAAAUUUAAACAAUUCUGUUCAACCAUUCAACCAUAUAAGCAACAACUCUCUUUUUUGACGACCACGGCUACAACACAACAUAUUUUGAGGUCUCGUACGUUGCUUUUAUUCAAGACCCUGUCGUAGGGCUAGUCUGCAACAUGAGUUCAGAGUAUUCUUAUGACGAACAGGGUCAAUUCUACCCUUUCUUCAUCUUUACUCUGACAUCUAUCGUCACCCUCCCUCUCACAUACAGCCUUCUCGCGCCGAGCAGAGAUGUCGUUUCCACCGCACCGCGAGUACAGACCGACUACAAACCUGAACAUGCCGACCUCAUACAAGCGCAGCGUACCGCGCAGAAGCGAAAGCAGCGCAAGGUCAAGCGCGCCAUCGCCGUCGUUCUAGGAUGGGCCGUCAUGGCCGGCAUGCUAUACCUCAUCAUCACCACCCAACGGACCACGGCCAAGAUAUGGAACCCAUACGACAUUCUAGGCGUCUCCGAGUCAGCAACAGAGAAGCAGAUUAAAUCCCACUACAGAAAGCUGGGUCUUAAGUUUCACCCGGACAAAGCCAAGCCCGACGCAGCCAAGAACGAGACCGUCGAGUCGUUGAAUGACAAGUGGGUUGAUCUCACCAAGGCAUACCAGGCUCUUACCGACGAGGAGGUUCGCAACAACUAUAUCCAAUAUGGCCACCCCGACGGCAAGCAAAGCUACAGUAUUGGAAUUGCUCUGCCUAAGUUCAUCAUAUCCGAAGGAAACGGAAAAUACGUUGUGCUUGUCUAUGCUUUACUUUUAGGAGUGCUGUUGCCUUAUUAUGUUGGAUCAUGGUGGUAUGGCACCCAACGCAUUACCAAAGAGGGAGUUCUUGUUGAGAGUGCCAACAACCUUUUCCGCGAAUAUUCCGAGGAUAUGGAUGAAGGAGACCUAGUGACUGCUCUCAGCGCUGGCAAAGAGUUCCAAGAGACCUUGAGAGGAGACAAGGCCGAAUCUGGUCUUGCGACAAUCGAAGCGAGAAUCCUGGCUGAAGGUCAAAUCACACCAUUUGCUGGUGGACUAUCGGUUAAAGACAAGGAGAAGUUGGAGGAUCUUGAUAGCGGCGUGAGGAGAAAGGUCCUGGCUCUCCUUUGGGCUUACCUCGGCCGUGUAGAGCUCGAUGACCAGGCUCUGAACGCUGCGAAGUACCUGGUCGCGCCUAUUGCACAGAGUCUCUGCGAUUCAUUCAGGGCGAUCUCGCUCGCAUAUAGCAACACUCGUCCAAUCCUAACUUCGUACUAUACCAGUCAGCGACUCAUCCAAGCAAUACCACCCAACGCAUCUCCGCUUUUCCAGCUCCCCCACUUCACCCCCGCGGUGGUAAAGGCUGUUGAAGGCGACUCUAAAGUUCACUUAAGCAUUCAAGACUUCAUGGAUCAACCUGAUGCACAACGUCGAAGUACUGCGGUUGGAAAGGGGCUUCUGAGCGAAGAGCAGUACAAGACGGCAGUUCGCGUUGCAGGACAGCUCCCAUACCUCCGAGUUGCCAAGGCAUUUUUCAAGGUUGCUGGUGAAAGAUUUAUCAUCCCGUCCUCUUUGGUUACACUGGUUGUGAAGGGCCGAGUUAUACCACCUGGAAGCACAAAUGUCCCGGAGAUUGACGAACUUGAUUUGGAGGACAUCGAUCCGGCCGAGGACGACUUAGAUGCACUCAUGGGACGCAAGAAGGCAGUUAAGGAUGAGAAUGGAAAAAUAACUUCCAAAGAAGAGUCUAAACCCGUACCACCACCGCUCGCAUUUGCUCCUUAUUACGCUCGCGAACAAUCACCACGAUGGCACGUCUUCCUCUCAGACAGCAAACAGGGGAAGAUGGCAGUACCUCCGUUUACCUUUACUACUUUUGACCAGCCUCUCUUCACUGACGAUGGAAAGCCGACUUUUAACAUGCAGACCUUUAAAGCUCAAUUUGCUGCACCCCCACAAGCAGGUACCUAUACAUUCAUCAUGCAUGUCAUCUGCGAUAGCUACGUUGGAUUCGACACCAAGAUGGAAGUUAGCCUUGUUGUAGAGGAUGCUAGCAAAGCGGCAGCAAUGGCUGGCGAGGAUGAAAUUAGCGAGCCGGAAGAAGACUCUCUUGCCGGACAGAUGAGCGCUCUCAAGGGCGGUAGUGUUGCAGGCACGACAAAGCCUAAGAGACGAAAAGAUGACGACGACUCGGAUGAUGAUGACGACGAGAGCGGUACCGAGGAGGAAGAAGAUGAUACUAGUGAGACGAACACCGACACCGAACCCGAGUCCUAGGAUACAAAUACCCUAAUGGAUCGUAUCAUGAAUCGGGACUCUUAAUAAAACCUACCCCUACCCUUACUCCCCUUGACUAGACUGUGGUGUUUGACAGGAGCAUCUCAGUUCCUAUCUUCUCUCUCGAAUGUUGACUGCGAAGUCACCUUCUCCCCGAUGAUGGAUGGUACAAGUGUAAAGUUAGUAUUGUGCGAAAAACAAAAAGAAAACGCGUACGAACGCUACAGCAGCAUGGAAUUGGCGUCGUGGCGUUGGGAGGGUAUUUGCGAUAGGCGUAUAGACUAUAGCAAGUCCACGCUUUGCGCAGAUUAUAAGUUUAAUUCUGAUGUUCAACCUGUGCCUUGUGUUUUUGUGAGGGUCGUGUUUACUUCACGUAGUUUUCUGCUUUCUGCUUUCUGGUAUCAUGGCAAUAUGGUAGGUACCUAGGUAAAAGGAGA